GGUGGACCGGAAGUGAUCUGCAGAGACACAGUGUGAAACAACCUGAGGCUGAAGGUGUGACUGAAUGUGAGGAAGAGGAGCAGAGCAUCAUGUCGGGGCUGCAGCUGAUGAAGAGGCCGCUCAGCGACAGACUGAGAGCUGCUGCUCAGCAGAUAGUGACUGUGCUGCAGGGGAGGGUGAUGAAGAUGAUGAAGAUGAUGAACCCUGAGUCGUCAGCCGAGCACCAGAGGGCCGUCGUGCACAAGCGUCUGUCGGUUGUCGCCGACGACAUCGUCAGGAUCCUGGAGGAAAUGAUGAGUGAAUAUGAGGCGGGUGUUUCCCGUUGCCAUGACGACAUCGAGCAGCGGCGCCGACUGCUGGACGUCACGUUGAAAACAGAGACGGACUCGGAUCGACUCUCUGGGUCGGACGUUUCCUCUGAGCAGCAGAGACGUGAGCAGAAAACAUCCGCCUCACCGCAGUUUAAAGACGCGUCCACAGAGACGGACUCUGAGUUCUCCCACACUCGGCCUUCACAUCUUCACCCAACACCAAUGGUGGAGAAGGGCACCUCCACGACGAUGGAAACAGAGACUCGCGGGGAGCAGUGUGUGCUGCCACCUAGUGACCGGGAGGUUCUGUCGUCGAAAGACUCAGAAGCUGCGAGUGAAAACAACGACAGCAAGAAAGAGCUGAACGAUAAAUCAGACACGAGAAGAACUUUUCCGAGCCUGAGACAAAGCCAUGCUGCUUUCCACGGCGACGCCGGCCUGACGACAAUAAAAACGCACACAAGGAAAAACACGACAACAGACAACAGUCAAACUACCGGACAGAGCUGCUGCAGAGUGUGUGGAAAGUUUUUCCGCUACAAACGCUCUUUUCUGAAACACGUUCUUCAGCACGAGCACAGCGCCGACCUGUGUGGAGUCUGUGGGAAACGUCUGGAGGCUGACGACAGCCUCCGGCUUCACUUACAAACCCACAGAGAGGAGAACAUCUGCAGAGUCCAAGCAAGCGACAAACAGUCGGAGGCAGACGCUGAGAGUAACGUGGGCGACAGUGACGAGGACUGGAAGGAAAGCGAAGGAAGUGACAGCGAGGACGUGGACAGCGAUAAAGAUGAGACCAAAAAACGAGGGACGCAAACUAAAAGUCACGCAUCAAACAAACCCAAAAAACCAAGGUACCAGGAUUUACCUCACGUGAAAUACUGCUGCAAAGUGUGCGGCAGGUCUUUCUGCUACAGAGCCUCUUUCUUGAAGCAUGUGCAGGAAGACGAGAUGGACACGGACCUUUGUGGCGUCUGCGGGAAACGGUUUGCGACUGAGGAGAACCUGAGGCUUCACUUGCAAACGUACAUCAGAUCCAACGACUGUGAAGUCUGUGGCAAACAUUUUGACGGCCACCAGCAGCUGGAGAUGCACAUGAGAACCCACACGGGAGAGAAACCGUACAUCUGCAGCGUCUGCGGCAAAGCCUUCGCUCAGAACGGGAACCUGAUGGGUCACAUGAGGAGGCACACGGGCGAGAGGCCGUACGUUUGCAGCGUUUGCGCUCAGGGCUUCAGCUCUAAAGAGAGCAUGAGGGAUCACAUGCGAAUCCACACCGGGGAGAAACCGUUUCUGUGCAGCAUCUGCGGAAAAGGAUUCAGACAGAGGGGGACCCUGAAGACGCACAUGAUGAUCCACACGGGGGACUUCCCGCACCGAUGCAUUAUCUGCGACAAGAAGUUCUUCAAGAGCGGCGGGCUGAAGAUCCACAUGCGGUCGCACACGGGGGAGAAGCCGUUCCUGUGCAACAUCUGCGGCAAAAGCUUCACGGCGAACAGCUCGCUCAGCAAACACAUGGGCGUCCACGAUCGAGACCGAUCGUACGGCUGCAGAGUGCGAGACAAACGGUCCUCGAGGGAAGAGGAUCUGAAAAGACAAGUCCAGACUCACGGGGAUGAAGCCGCGCAGGUGACGACUCUUUAACGCUGAAUCACAGACGGACGGAAAACCAGAAAACUGGCUGACGUCGGCGUGGAGGCAUUCAAAAUAUCAUUGGUUUAGAGAUUCUGUUUUCCAUCUUUCCACCUUCUUAUAAAUGUCCGUACAAUGUCAGUUUAAAUUUAAGUUAUAAUCAUCGAACAGCUAAUAUUAUAUUUGUAUUUUACAUACAAUGGUGCAACAGUUUAUUAUUUAAAAUAAUAAAUAAAUGCAAGAAACUCUUUGAGUCUUUAAGGUUUUUUAGAUGCAACGAUGUCCCUCAGUGGUUUUCACACUUCAGUCAAGACCCAACAGAACCUGUUACGUUAUGAAAACACAAAUCAGUCUCCUCAAUAUGCCAGAGUUAUCUUAAGUUCGUUAAAAGUAAUAAUCAGAUUCAUAAUGUGAUCAUUUAGUUACCUCCACACUUUCUUUGAUACAUUCGCUGUUGAGGUUUUUCCUCGUUGAAAAUAUGAACCUGUAAAAAACGAUCGACAGGCAGAAACCAGACAGACUCACAGACGUGUAGUUUAAACACAAUUUAUUUUUCUGCUUAAAUAAUUACUUGGAUCAUCCAGUGUAAGCUAUGUCGGUUCAUCAUACAUGUCGGUACCAGAUUUAUCAUCAACAAUGGAUUCUUACGGUGGCUUUGUAUGAAAAAAAGACAAAUGAAAAAUAAAAUUAAACAGAUUUACAGAAGAACAGAAAAUCCGAUAUUUUAAUGUUACAUCAACACUGAUUAUUUUUUGGUGAUUUUAGUCGUUAA